AUGAGUCUGUUGAAACGAAAAAUUCCACUUGAUGAAAUAGAAGAUUUUAUUGCUGAAGAGGAAGAAGAAGGAGAACAAAAUGAUGAUGGUUCAUACGAGGAAGAUAAUGAAUUUGUUGGACCAAGUGGAACGGCCACACCUCUUGAUGAGAGUGAAAUUCAGCAUGUUGUAAACCAAGUGGUUAGAUUGUUUCUUUCGAGAGAAUUAAAUGGCCGAACCACAAGACCAGAUGUUAUUAGAAAACAUAUUAAGCAUAAUUUGGGGAGAAAAAUUACCACGGAAAAGUUAAUACAACAAGCAAAUAUUAUAUUAACAGAAGUAUAUGGAUUGAAGAUAGAAGAAGUCCCAACAAUAAAAAGAGAAGACAAAAAAUCACUGAAAUCUAGAAAAGUGACAUCAGAUAAAAAUCCUUAUAUUGUCACUAGUUCGUUACUGAGCAAAUCAAGAGCCAUUCUAGGGGAAUUAUGGAAUAAAAAUUUAGCCAAAAAUGUGAAAAAGAUUGACAUUGGAGGUAAUAAAUUUUUCUUACCAAAAUAUUCUAUAACUUCGGUACCCGGAUCACAUUAUGAAUUGGUUAAAACGGGGAUUAUGCUUGUUAUAAUCUCCCAUAUUAUAUUGAAUGAAAAUCAUGUUUCAGAGUCUGCAUUAUUGAAAACCCUUCAUAAGUUUGGUAUAAGCAGUAAUCUCAAUGUUAAAAACAGUAACUUUAACUUGAAUAGUCAAGAAUUGCUUAAAGAAUUAGUGAACAAGGACUAUAUCUUAAAAAAUGUCAUUAAGGGAAGAACUGAGCUGGAGAACAUUUUCGACUAUUCUAUAGGACAGAGAUCAUUAGUUGAAUUUUCACCUCAAGGAGUGUUUGAUUAUAUCAAAGUUAUUUAUGGUAACAAAUUUGAUAGCACUAUAGCAGAGAGGGCAUUAGUGACGAUUGAAAGAGCAUAUGGUGUUGCAUUAAACAAUACAGAGGAAAAUAAUGAACGAGAGGGAUCUACUGAGGCCAACAGCCAAGAGGGGUCGGAGUAG